AUGGUACGAACUUCUUACAAAUCUAAAGAGUAUGUUGAUGACUCUGAUCUUGAGGAGCCAAGCUCCCCUGAACCAUCUUUUGAACCACCUAAACACUAUCAUAGAGUCACUAAACUGACGGGUCUUCCAAAGAUUAAGGACAAAGAGCUAUGGUUAAUUAGAACACCCAAAGGCUUUCCUAUAGAUAAGUUGAAAUGCUUACCGAUUGAAUUGGCAAAGAAUAAGAAAGCAGAUUCAUUUGAAAUCAACGGAUCAUCGUUUGAAAUAAAUGAGGAGUUGAGUUUUGUAGAUAGCAAACAUUUAGCAACUUCCACCAAGGAAGUAAAUGGUAACAAUAAGCAUGCUGUUUUCACUGCUGAAAAGGGUAGAUUCAUACCUACGGAUCAUAAGUUUAAUCGAUUCUAUAAUAUCAGAGAAGUUGUUGAUGUACCACACAUAGAUUUUGAGAAAGCUACAGUGUCCAGAAACAAUGUGCCGAAAAUUAAGAAAUUGAGAAUGAGGCAUUUCCCUACCGGGUAUGGACAAAAUGAUUAUGAUCUAACUAGUGGCAUAGCCUUUGGUGAAGAGGAGGGGGAGGAGGAGGAGGAGGAGGAGGAGGGGGAGGGGGAGGAGAAGAAGGAUGAAGAAGGUGAAGAAGGUGAUAUUUUAGAGGGGAAAGUGUUGAAAAAGGCCAAAAUUGCAUCUACUGAGUCAUCAAAGCAAAACAAGCAUAAGAUAACGACCGAAAAGAGCGACCGAAAGGAAAGGAAAGAAAAGAAGCAUAAAAAGGAAAAGAAAGAUAAAAGCAAGAGUAAGAGCAAGAAGGAAAAGAGUUGA